AAUUAUCCAGCGUCGGAUCUGGAUAAACGGGCAUGAUCCGCUGACCACUGCCCUUAUUCAACAGUCCGCAGGCGACCUGGCGAAUGGAAGCUGGUGACUGGUGUCGUUUCUCAUCCGUGAGUGGAGACCGCGGAUUCAUAUCGCGGUCGCCCCCAUAACAGAAAGCCUCGGAAGAAAGAUGUUGAGGCAAAUUUCCGCCUAAGCCAUAGUCCAGACACCUUAAGUACCUGUAAUCUUCCAAGAACAUCCUUCUAGUUUACUUUUACCAUACACAAUACACAACACUCAAACUCCUUUCGUGAAGUUGAUUCGACAGUCAUCAUGUCUUUCUAUAGAGCCCCACCAAGCGGCGUCUGGGCACCAGCAAUCACCUUUUUCGACCAUGAGACAGAUACACUAGAUACCGAUUCACAAGCAGCAUAUUACUCUUACCUUUCUAAAACCGGCCUUGCAGGCCUUGUCGUGCUCGGAACAAAUGCUGAGACCUUCCUGUUAACGCGCGAAGAGCGCAAGGCUCUACUGCAGACAGCACGUCAAGCAUGCGGGCCAUCAUUCCCUAUCAUGGCUGGAGUUGGUGGACACUCAACAAAGCAAGUCUUGGAGUUCAUCAACGACGCAGCUGAUGCCGGAGCCGACUACGUUUUGCUCCUCCCUCCUGCUUACUUUGGGAAGCAGACAACACCAGAGGUCAUCAACAACUUCUUUGAUGACGUUGCGAAGAACAGUCAACUACCCAUCGUCAUUUACAACUUCCCCGUUGUCUGCAAUGGCAUCGACCUGGACUCGGCCACUAUUGCCGCUUUAGCAAAGAGGCAUAGCAACAUUGUUGGCGUCAAGCUGACCUGCGGCGCUGUCGCAAAGAUAACGCGACUUUCCGCAGAGCUUCCUGAAGAACGUUUUGCGAUCUACGGUGGCCAAUCGGACUUCUUGAUAGGAGGCCUGGCUGCUGGCUCUCACGGCACAAUUGCAGGUUUUGCCAAUGUUGUCCCCAAGACAAUCGUGCAUAUCUAUAACCUCUACCAAGAGGGCAAGUUUCAAGAAGCCAUGGUUCUACACAAGAAGGCGGCGCUGGCUGAGCAACCUUGCAAGGCUGGAAUUGCAUCAGUCAAGUAUGCAGCAACUCUGAGCACAGCCAAGGCCGCUGGGAUCAAGGGCGCUGCAGAUAAGCUGAAGCCCAGAAGGCCAUACGUGGAGCCCACGGAUGCUGCGAAGAAGAGCAUUGAGUCACAAAUUUCUGAAAUGUUGGACUUUGAAGCCACGCUCAAGCUACCGGCUGAGAAGGGCAAGUCAAACGGCGUAACGAAUGGCGUAUCGAAUGGGAUUAUGAAUGGGACAUCGAACAGCGUGGCGGUGCAUUAAAGUACCUAUGUACGGAUCAAAUAGCAUAUAUACUCUACAGUAACAUAUCGAUUUAAUAAAUUCGGCAACAUUCAAGCAAUAUCCAUGUUUCC